UCAGGAGGUAUUUUAAGUUUAUUAUGCAACAAAUAUUUUUUUCAUGUUCACUUCCUUUAAUUCUAUACCCUGGCACCUAUCGGCUUCCGUACUUUAGUACUUCCUACUUCCGGUUAAAAUGGCACAAAAUGUUCAAGUCUGUGAUAUUUCUGCAGAGGUCGUUGACAGGUUGAAAAAGUUCAGAUUUAGAAAAGAAAAAAAUGUUGCUGCUAUAAUAUUGAAAGUUGACAAAAAUACUAUGAAAAUCAUCAUUGAAGAAGAAUAUGAGGAUUGUGAAAUAGAUGAGCUACAGUCAGAAUUGCCUGUGUCCCAGCCUCGCUACGUAGUGAUUAGUUAUGUCAGACAUCAUAAUGACGGCAGGACUUCCUAUCCACUGUGCUUUAUCUUCAGUAGUCCCUCAGGUUGCCCACCAGAACAGAAGAUGAUGUAUGCAGGGAGCGUUCUUAAUUUAGUCCAGUCCCUUGGCUUGACAAAGACUUAUGACAUCAGGAAUCCAGAGGAAUUCACAGAGGAAUGGCUACUGGAACAGUUGGGGAAAGUGUAACAGAUUUCAACCAGACAAAGAAAUGGUCAAACUAACCACCCACACGCAGAUCACCAGUUCAAUCCAAUCAUAUCUUUUGAUUCACUCUUGUAGGGCAGUGAACUAUGUGAAUGCAUCAAAGGAACUAAUUUUAAUCAAACUGAUCACAUGUUCUGAACAUUAUGCAAAAUGAAACUUCCUCAUGAAGUGGUCAGUGAGCUGGACUAACUCAUACCGCAGUUUACACUCCACAGGACUUACAAGGGACCAUGUCUUGAUGUACUCUGCUUUAUUUUACGUCUGCUUUUUUUUUUUAUUAUUCGAAACCAUGUUUUGUAUCAUUUUUAUAGAAUUCAUCAGAUUUUUCUGUCAAAGCAUAUGUAUGUAAAUAAAUCUGUUAAAACUUU